AUGGUUGAUCACAUGCUUCAGCAGCUGGAUCCUGCUUUGACCUCAUCAUGUGAAAAGGAUAUCAGAGCUUUGUUUUCACGUUUGACCAGGUCAACUGAAACCUUGCUUUGUUUUGCUGGUGACAUCAUUGACAUGAAGGAUCAGUGUUGCCUGGUAAAUAUCCUCUCUUUUCGGGAAGGGCGUGGUAUUGAUUUGGCUAGCAAAGGUGAGCAAAUGGUGAUUCAGUUCCCACCGAGGGACCCAAGGAUGCUUCGCUUUGUGGUGGGAUCAUCUAUUCAGGUGAUUUUUCCUGUGUGGGACCGUGAUCCUGGUCGCUGCUCCUUGGAUACUAAGACGAUUGUACUCCCCAUCCCGGACUUGGAGAAGUGCCUUUCGUGGAAUAUGAUUCACCUGUUUGCGGGAGGUUUCUGCGGAUGGAGUCAUGCUGCAUCGUGGCUGAAUUCCAGUGAUCUCAAUGUGGGCAUUGCAACUGAAGUUGCCAUUGACUCAGACUGGGUUGCAGCUCAUACUCUGGCGAAGACCCAUGGGAUUCAGGUCAAGGGAAUCUUUGCUACCUUGGAUCUUUGUGACGGUGACUUUCGAUUCCAUGACCCUUUGCGCUACAUCAUCAUGCUGGGAGCUGUUCAUCAAGUGGCUAUCCCAACGAAGCUUGACCUUGCCUUUGCUAUCCUUGGCAACGCUGUCUCGGUGCCUCAGUCACUCUUGGCCCUUUUGAUUGGGUUCGCAGUUGUCACUGAUGAGCAAAUCCCACUCCUUCCUACCGUCCGAAGGAUUUGGGAUGAUGUUCCCACCGCGUGGAAUUUGUGUGCUAUCGUUGAGGGCAACUUCAUCCUCUUGCUCCAACCGCAGGAGCUCAUGAAAAGGAUCCCACUCUCUUGGCAUGAGGAAGGUAACGGGGGAUCAUUGGCCUUUGACUUCAUUGUCGAACUUGAAGGGCGGACCUCCGCUGUCGUUGUUGAUGGUAUGCACCGUAUCUGUGACCUGCUUGCUCAGCGGUUGUUGAUUCCGUCGCACCACUGGAUUGAUGUCAAGCUUGAACCUGUGGAUGAGAUCCAAGAACCUGCCAACAUCGUUGGUGUUGUCCGGCAGCAUAGCGGCAGUUGGCGACUCUUCCUCAAGGGAACCAUGUUUGCGCGUGUGUGCUUCCAACGGAUCCCUUCUUCUGUGGUUGAUGCCCCUCCAUUUGCCUUGUUGCCGCCGCAAGGAAAUGUUGCUCUUGGAUUUUCUAAAGCAUCUUCUUGCCCUCCACCACCUCCGGUUGUUUCACCAACCUUGGCGAUCAAUGUGCUUGAUCUGCAUGAAGAUGAUGAUGUCUUGCAGGGCUGGGUGAAGAAGGUGAAGCUGCAUGAGGCUACCUCCAUCAUUGAAAAUCCUCGCUUUGCGCGUGACUGUGAGCUUGAGCAACUUGAAAUCAGGGCAAUGUGGAAUGGUCGCACCCUUUCAGCUGAUUUGUACAUCACCACCACUGAGCUGCAAGGUCGUACGGUUGACCAGUUUGUGGAUCAGGAGAUCUGCUUCGCUCAGAGGGUUCCAGCACAAAAUUUCCGGAGAUUGAUGUGCGCUGCCUUUCUGCUGUAUCCCUCUCUGGAUCCUGAGAUCCGCAGGCAGACUGUCAUCAUUUGUGAGGCUGAUGACGUUCCGCAUGUGACACAUCAGGUUACGUUGAGUGCACCUUAUACACGUGCGGACUUCUUUGGCAUGGUCUCCCGUGUGCUCAGCCCCAAGUUCCACAACAACCAACCUUUCGUUGCUGACUCCAAAGCCUUGUGUCAUCUGGAUGUGAUCACUUAUUCCUUUGAGACUCUGAUUCGGUGUGGUGGAGCUCGUGACCAUGAAGAUUGUGCUUCACUGACUUUGGCUGCACCUGCUUCACUGCAUCAGAGACUCAAUUUUGCUGCCCAGACGCAUGGGUGGCUUGCUACGGACGAGUUCACUCACAUUGCCAUGUGGCUUCGGUGGAAUAGUGCGGACGCUCGAGUACUUGAUCCCAUCUACUGGGAGUUGAGGGGCACUGAAAUCAUACCACGAGGGGCUGCACCUGUGAUCGCCCCGGACAGACCCACCUUCAUUCCAGUUCUGCUUUCUGCUCACUGGUUUGGAAUUGAGAUCAGUGAGCCUUUUCGUAAUCCCACCAUAACCAUUGUUCAGCUGUCUCCUACCUUGACUACGCAAGUAGUAGCAAUUGCUGCUCGGUGGCUUCAGCGGCCUGUUGGCAUGGUUAAUGAUGUGAUCAUUUGCUCACCGAAUCCUGCCGACAUGUGUGGUUGGACACUGGCGUUCCGCUGGACUUCUGCUUUGGCUCUGCAUCGUGUCUUUUUUCUGCGACAACACGAAGUUGAGAAUGCUCUUUUCAGUGAUGAACGACUCAAGGAUGUCAUUACCUCCUCCAUGACUGCGUGGGAAAGCUCUGGUGCACCUGAACACUUGGUGCAAUUUGCCCAACAUGUGCGGAUUCACUUCCUCACCGGCCUCCUAGCUUCACCUGGUGGGGCUUUCCUGUCCCGUCUGGACACUGUUGCUGCUGGUUUACAACCUGGGAUCAGGGGCUUUGGCGUCCCUGUUGAAGUUGACUACCAUGAAUCCCUGGCCGAAUAUCAUGUUCGGAGGAUCGAUGAUUUCUUGGAACAGCCACUCUGGCUUGCUAGCGAUGAGCUGAACUUUUGGCUGCACCUGUUGCGGGUGUCCAAUCCCACGGUUGGUUUCGGCCCUGCACUGAGUUGGAACAGAUCCACUUUGACUCUGCACUCCAUUGCAGGGAUACCUUUUGAUCUUCGUGCCUAUGACCAAACCUUCCUUGUCAUUGAGAUUCAUGGGCACUGGGCUCUGCUCUCAGUCUUCCGUGAGACAGAUCAGUGGUUCUUCAUUUUGCACUCGGUUCAACAAGACAAUGCUACGUUGCAUGCCUUGGUUCGUGCAGUUGCUCACUUGUGGCAUUUGGCACCGGCAGAGUGUCAUCCGGCGCCGCACUAUCUGAAUCAACCACCAGGCUUUUGUGGAUGGGCCAUCAUCCAGGUCCUGGCUGCGCGCUUCCAUCUUGUGUGCCAUCCCUUGUCUCCUGCCCAGCGGUCGCAGAUUGAGCGUGCUGAAAUUGGUCAUCGUGUUCAAGAGGUUCUGGAUGAGAUGUCCAUUGCUGCUGAUAAUGUCACUAGGGGUACUGCUCUUCGCACUUUGGCGGAAAAUGCACGUGCUCAAUACCUGGCUUAUAUCCUCUUCCACAAAGGGGAUCACGAGUACUGUUCGGCAGGCAUGAGUGACCAAGUCUCUUGUGUCAAUGAUUGCUUGACAUGGAGCAUGAUGGACUCCGCAAUGUUGUACUCCGCGGUCUCUGCUCGACUUGCUCUGGAAGCCACCUCGCUGUAUGGUUUUCGCAUCAACUCUAAGCUCCCAGGAACUCAAGGGGUCAAUCCGACUCCAUACCAGGUUCAGUGUGUGCUCAAGACCCCAAAGGCUUCUCGUGCUUUCUUGUUGGAGGCAUCUGGUCGGGAGGGUGCGUUUCUGCGAGACUACUUGCACCAAGAUGCUGAAUCGAAGCUCUUUGACACCACCGUUGUACCUCGAUUCUGGGACCUCACACAAGGGGGAUUUCAAGAUGCUGUGAAGACCACCCAAGGCUUGGAGGGUCAUGCUGGCCUGGUGAUGACACGUCGGGGGGUAGCGUUGCGUGUAUGGAUUUCGCACAUUGCCGCAGCCAGGCGACGCCUGCUUCCGCUUGACUCCAGGUUGUGUGAGGACAAUAUGAGUACAGUGCCGCGAUUCCCAUAUGUCUCUUCUGGUUGGCCCACGGAGGCGCAGGCAAUCAAUGUCAUUCAGGCCAUCAAGGCUGCCACGGGCCAAGCUGUUGUCCCAUCGAGGGCAUAUCGUCAAGCAGGUGUUCACCACUGGUUGGUUAUGUUCCAGGAGAAACCGACAAAGCUCUCCUUUGCCCUCAAGGUCAAUGACAAAGAGUCCGAAAUCCUGCUGUCACCGCAAGCGUCGUGGCAACCUUCGAAAGGCAAAGGAAAGGGGCGCACCAAGACCGGCCCAACUGUACAGAUUGGACCUGAAGCUCGGAAGGACCUGACCCCUGCCUUCCAAUCGGCUGAGAAAGACCGACUCGACAAGCUAGAAGGCAAGUUCAAUGUUCUCGAGUCGAAGGUUGCUAAGGUCGAAGACAAGCAAGACCAUUUGGAUCAUAAGCUGGAUAGCCGCUUUAAUGAAAUCGGUGAUCAGCUUCGUCAACUCUUGCAGCUUUCGCAUCCACGUGAUCGGCCCGUGUCCGGGGAGACACCACCUCCCAAACACCUCAAACCUGGCCUUUGA